GGCGGGGCCAGGAGAGAAAGCUUCGUGGUUUAGUCUCAGAAAAGUAGAAGGCGCCGCUUGAGAAAACUGCGGCCCCGUCGGAAGGUAACCUCGGGCGCAGACAAACAUCGGCGGAGUGCGGGUGGUGCGCUUGGUGUCUGAGGAAACUUCUGCCGCUCGAGGCCAGGCUACCCAAGACCCGUCCUUUCUUCCUUUACUGGCUUUAACAUCCGGGUUUUUUCUCUCGGACUGCCCUUCGGACGCGUGGGCCAAUAGGAAUCGCCAUUUGGGGGAGCUCCGCCCACUGGGUCGCGUAGAGCAUCCUGGAACUCGUAGUAAAUCUCUGGAGAGUUCCCUCCGCACGCGGGCUCAAGAAGCGGGUCCUACGCACGCUUUGUUGCCCACGCUGUGCCUCUGUCCUUCCCACUCCCGCCUUACCUGACUUCUUCUCGGAAGGAAGAUCCUUGAGCAGCCCGUUAAGCCAACGUUGGGACAAAGGAUUUGGAGAAAACCAGGGCUGAAGUCACGUUUUUCCUCCUUUAAGCCUUACCUCGACACUUCACUCCAUGGCAGUUCCCGAGACCCGCCCUAACCACACUAUUUAUAUCAACAACCUCAAUGAGAAGAUCAAGAAGGAUGAGCUGAAGAAGUCCCUGUACGCCAUCUUCUCCCAGUUUGGCCAGAUCCUGGAUAUCCUGGUAUCACGGAGCCUGAAGAUGAGGGGCCAGGCCUUUGUCAUCUUCAAGGAGGUCAGCAGCGCCACCAACGCCCUUCGCUCCAUGCAGGGUUUCCCCUUCUAUGACAAGCCCAUGCGUAUCCAGUAUGCCAAGACCGACUCAGAUAUCAUUGCCAAGAUGAAAGGCACCUUUGUGGAGCGGGAUCGAAAGCGGGAGAAGAGAAAGCCCAAGAGCCAGGAGACCCCAGCUGCCAAGAAGGCUGUGCAGGGCGGGGCAGCUGCCCCCGUGGUGGGAGCCGUGCAGGGGCCUGUCCCGGGCAUGCCCCCAAUGACUCAGGCACCGCGCAUCAUGCACCACAUGCCGGGCCAGCCGCCCUACAUGCCGCCCCCUGGCAUGAUCCCCCCACCAGGCCUCGCACCUGGCCAGAUCCCACCAGGGGCCAUGCCCCCACAGCAGCUCAUGCCGGGACAGAUGCCCCCUGCGCAGCCUCUCUCCGAGAAUCCACCGAAUCACAUCUUGUUCCUCACCAACCUGCCAGAGGAGACCAAUGAGCUCAUGCUGUCCAUGCUUUUCAAUCAAUUCCCUGGCUUCAAGGAGGUCCGUCUGGUCCCCGGGCGGCAUGACAUCGCCUUUGUGGAGUUCGACAAUGAGGUACAGGCAGGGGCAGCUCGCGAUGCCCUGCAGGGCUUUAAGAUCACCCAGAACAACGCCAUGAAGAUCUCCUUUGCCAAGAAGUAGCACCUUUUCCCCCAGUGCCUGCCCCUUUCCCUAUUCUGGGGCUACCCCUUUUCCCCCUUGGCUCAGCCCCCUGAAGGUAAGUCCCCCUUGGGGGCCUCCUUGGAGCCGUGUGUGAGUGAGUAGUCAACACACAGCAUUGUACCCAGAGUCUGUCCCCAGACAUUGCACCUGGCGCUGUUAGGCCGGAAUUAAAGUGGUUCUUUGAGGUUUGGUUUUUCACAA